CUAUAAGAAUUUUAGGGAAUCUUGAACACACGUAAAUAUUUAACAAGCACAACCUUUUAAUAUUGUAAAUAGUUGUAUAUAAAAAAAAGAAAUAAAUAAAUAUUUAUAAUAUUAAACAAAAUAUUAGUUUUUAUCGAAACAUUUUUGAAAAUUUAGAAUUUUGAAGAGGUUAAGGUAAUACAUCAACAAAAAAUCAUCAACAAUGUAAACAUUAACAUAAUAUUGAUGAAAUUUUAUUGUCAACAAAAAUUUAUUUACAUUCAAUAUUGUUAAAUUUAUUGUUUAUAAACUUUUUUAGAACUAUACUAUUUAAAGAACCAAAAUCGAAAUUUUGAUGGCUUUUUCACAAUCAAAUUCGAGAGAAUUACAAAACAGAAAAAUUUUGGAAGAAUUGCAAUUAAAAAAACAAAUGCUUUUAAAGCAAGGUGUGGCACCAACAUUGAACACAUCAUUAGUAACUUCAACAGGUUCCCCUUCUAAUUUGCCUUCUACACAACCCUCUGAUGGUGUUGCUAUGAGUGCAUCCCAAAGAGCUGCCUUACAUAACGCACAUGCAGCAUCAUCAGGAUAUUUUGUAACACAGGAUUCUUCUUUUGGCAAUCUUAUUUUACCAGUUCUUCCUAGAUUUGAUACUAAAUAAAGAACUUAAAUUGCAUAAUUUCAAAUUAUAUAAAUGACUAUGCAGACUUUAAAUUGUGUGAUGAAAGUGAUUUUGAACUAUAUAUGUUUUUUUAAGUGCGCUUCUUAUAGUGAAAUUAAAGCAUAAGGUGAUAAUUAAUAA